AUGUACGACCCGCCGCCGGAACCUCCCUCCGAGUCGGACUGCUGCGGUACCGGAUGCGCGGACUGCGUGUUCGACGUGUACGACCGAGAGUGCGCGCGGUGGCGACGUCGGCAGACCGGUGGCGAGGGUGACCGGCUGCGGCGGGAUCUGCUGUCGGCGACCACGCACAAGCCGUACCGGAUCGUGUCCGCGCGGCCGCUCGGCGACGACGUACACGCGUACACGUUCGCGGCCACCCCGACGGCCGUCGGCCAGCUACCGGUCGCGUACAGUCAGCACGUUCACAUCCGGCUGGCCGACGGCCUCAGCAGACCGUACACGCCGGUGGCCGUGGGCGACGACGAUUGCUCGUUCGGCGUCCUGAUCAAGGCCUACCCCGGCGGAAGGUUCACCGGGCGGCUGUUGGAAAUGGCCGUGGACGACGUGGUCGAGGUGCGCGGGCCUUCGGGCGGCGUGCGGCACGACGGGUACGAUUCGAUAGUCAUGUUCGGCGGUGGUACUGGCGUGGCCGGCUUCGUGGGUCUAAUCGGGUCGCUGUUGGACGACAACAAGUGCGAGACGUUGCUGAGACUGCAUUACUCGUGCAAAACCCUUGACGGGGUGCUGAUGCGCAAGGAGUUGGCCGGGUACGCGGCUUAUUGGAAUUGCGCGGUACAUUUGUACUUGACGAGGGAACGCGAUUGGUCGCGAUGUUCGAAAUCGUUUUGGUACAAUGAAAAUAUAACAGAAGGAAGAAUUUCGCAAGACUGCAUGUCUGAAAUAAUCGAUAAACAACAAGAUUUGCGAACGCUAUGGCUCAUUUGUGGAAACGAUGAUUUCAAUCAAUAUAUUUUCAACUCUUUACAAAAUAAAAAUAUUAAACAAGACCAUAUUCAAUUAUUAGAUAAUACUAUACAAUAUUUAAAAGUACCUUGA